CCCGGGAUGCUGCCGGCGCUGGCGGUGGCGGUCGCGGCGGCGGUGGCCGUGGCUGUGGCUGUGGCUGUCCCCGCGCUGCGGCACCGCCUGGUUCGCUCCGCGCUGCGCUGCGCCGGGGGCCGGUACCGGCGGCGGCUGGAGGCGCUGAGCACCGACGUGCGGCUGAGCCAGGAGCGGCGGCUGCGGCGGUUGCUGGGCACCGGCACCGGCACCGGCCCCGGCCCGGCCGGCGGCUCCGAGGAGUUACGGGAGCGGCAUCCCCUGGGGCAGCGCUGCCGGGACGGAGCGCCGACGGAUCCGGUUUCCCCGCCGCUCCCCUGGGCUCUGCUCCGCAGCUGCUGGGACACCGACCCCGCGCUGCAGGGGUCCCUGCUCUACCUGGAUGCCCUCGGUGCAGCUUUCCCGCGGGCGCUGACCCGCCGGGGCACGGCCCUGCUGCACUGGACCCCCGGCUGCCCCCGCGCCCCGGCGGGGUGGCCGCUGCCCACCCUGUACUGCACCCCUGCCCCGGCGAGCGCCCUGCCCUCGCGAGCCACUGCCCUGCGAGCGCAGCUGCUUUUUGCCCUGCGGCAGCGGGGGCUGCACGUGCUGGAGGCCGGGCUGGCAGCCGAGCUGCGCGAUGCGCUGGCGGCCCUGCGCGAUGAGUGGCCCCGGCUGGCCCAGGAGCUGGCGCUGGGCAGGCUGAGCCGCCAGCCCGGGCUGCCUGAGGAGGUGCGGAGCCAGCUGCAGGCACUGCUGACCCCCGACCCUGCCCGGGCGGCUGAGCUCCGCGCUGAGUGUGCCCGUGGCUUCGAGGGCAUCGUGCGGCGCCUGUGGCCACAGCUGGAGGUGGUGGUGGUGGGGUCAGCACACAGCACAGAGCGACUCUACUGCGAUGCCCUCCUCCAGGCUGACUGCCAGGGGCUGCCCAUCUACUGCCCCUUCUACCAGGCAAUGGGAGCCCUGCUUGGUGUGAACCUGUGGCCAGAAGAGCCAAUGCCCCAAUUCCUGCUGUGCCCUGACUGGGCUUUCUUCGAGUUCCUGCCCUGCCCUGCAGAGGAGGAGCCACGGACGAUGCUGUUGGAUGAGCUCUGGGAGGGACGAGAGUAUGGGCUGGUUGUGACAGCCCAGCCAGGAGAGUACAGGUGCUGUGCUGGGGAGGUGCUGAGGGUGGCUGGCUUCCACAAGCAGUGUCCCGUGGUGGAACCUGUGCGGAGGGAGAGCCAGACACUGAGUGUGCGGGGUGAGAGCAUACCUGAGGAGCGGUUCUACCAGACCCUGUGCCGCGCCUUGGGCAUGUGGCCGGGUGCUCGCCUGAUUGACUAUGUCUGUGUGGAGAGUAGCCUGCUGGGUGACUCUUCAGGGCCCUGCGCCCCCCACUACGAGGUGUUCGUGGAGCUGCAGGGCCUGCGGGACCUGUCGGAGGGGCAGCGCUACAAGCUGGACCAGUGUCUCCAAGAGGAUUUCCUUGUCUACAAGUCCUUCCGCUUCAAGGGCAGCAUUGGGCCCCUGCGCCUGCACCUGGUGAGGGCUGGAGCCUUCACCCGGCUGCGGGAGGCACUGGGCUCCCCUGUGCCCAUGCCCAGGGUCCUGCGGGAGGAGCGGCUGCUGCAGCUCAUUCAGGGCUCUGUCAUCUCCUAGGGCAGCCCAGGGGUCCCGCAGCCCACCCACCCUGGGGUUCACUUGGUGUGCACUCUCCAGGAGGGAGUGGGGCCAUGUUCCUGGUGCGGGAGGUGUGGGGACGAGGGUGCCCAGCUCCAGGGGUUUGGCUGAGUGGAGUGGAUGGAGACAGUGAGCUUGACCAAGCCUCUCUCUGCUCCCUGCUCAGUGCUGCUGCGGGGAUGGAGUGGACACUUGGGAGUGUCAUGGGGCAGUGGGGUUCUGCAGCCACCAGAUAUGCUCACUCAGUGCCUUGGAGUGCCCACAGCCACAGUGAAAUGGGUGCCUGUGCCUUUCCUGAGGGACACCUCAGCUGUCACAGCCCAUGUCUGAGGCAGAGGGCACAACGGAAACCUCUGCAGGACCAGGAGGAGAAGCAGAGCCUUGGCUCAUCACCACACUGAGCGCUGGGGCCCUGUGGCAUUUUGUCCCCUGGCAGGGACACUGGGCAAGGCACAGGUGGCUGGUGGUGGCAGGUGCCAUGGAGCAGCCCCAGCCAGGCUCUAGUGCACAUCCACUGGUUUAGGAAAGAAUAAGCUCCAACGAGGAGCUUUUAAUGUUUUAAAAACAGAGGCAAAGUAAAAGAGGAUUAUCUCUUAAAAAAUAAAUAAAGGGCCGUGCUCUGGGAUUGAUUUUUUAUACUAUUAUUUUUAAUCCUCAUUAAAGAGAUUGCUUGAGCAAUCUGACUGCUC